AUGGAAGAGAAACCAGAAAAGAGUACAGAGAAGCCACCAUCGAAUGCUACAGAUACCAGCUCAUUCUCGAGCAUUCUGGCGAGCGUGGCGAAGAUGCGCCAGGAGGCUGGGGUUGAGCCAGUAGAAGGACAUACUAAAGAGAUGACAAAUCGACCUAUCAAAGAUCACAGACCGACUUUUCAACCCACCUCAAAGGUUAUGGGAGAACAGGCAAAUAGGAAACUGCCUGCACAGGUCAUAUUUAGAGGCCAAUCAGGUAAAGAAGCAAGCUAUGAAGCUACAAAACAUGUCAACUUACGUAAGCAGACAUUUUCAUCUAUUCAAGUGAACAAGAACCAGAAUGGCAACCCGCUUAUCAGCAGUUUGACCGAUGUCUCGUAUCAGUUCAAUGGGAGGAUUCACGACGUGGACUAUUUGGUGAAUUCACACUGUUUUGUGGUGUUUCUCUCGGUGAAGUACCAUAAGCUACAUCCCGAGUACAUCUACCAUAGAAUCAAGAAGAUAGGUUACAAUCCAAAUAACAAAAACAUGUUAAGAAUUCUUCUAGCACUGGUGGAUGUCGAUAAUGCUGCUGAUUCGAUGCGGGAGCUCAACAAGCUCUGUGUAUUCAACCAUUUGACCCUUAUAGCUGCUUGGUCGUUUGAACAAUGCGCAGAUUACCUUACUACAUUAAAACAGUGUGAAAUGAAUGCCGGAAAGACCCUUAUUCAGGGUAAUUUGAAGAGAAUCGACGAUAUGAGCGAUGACUCUAACUACUAUGAAAGAGUCGUGGAGGUGUUAACCAGUAUUAGAUCUAUAAAUAAGACAGAUGCUGUGAAUUUAGUGGCAAGAUUUGGGUCCUUUAGGGGCCUUUGCGAGCAGGCCAACGAGGCAAAUUUGCAGGAAGUUCCUGGAAUGGGAAAACACAAGAUUGAGGUACUAUCCAAGGUAAUAAGGGAGGCAUUCGUGUACACAAAUGAGGACGAAACUCAAUAA